GUUCAUUGCCUUCAUUACCAUUGGCUUUUGGGUCUGAAAUUUCUGCCUCCCUUUUGCACUGAUUAAUUCUCUAAUACCAUGUUCUUCUUCCAAGUGUGCUAGAUACAAGAACUGUCAAAUUCAGGACAAGAUCAAUACACAUGCACUUUCUCUUAACUGUCGUUUCAAGGGUUUUGGAUAUGGUGGGCUAAUCUAGCAUUCCAUUUCCUGGCCUCUCAACUCUGCACAAAAGCUUUCUUUCUGGUCUUGGAGGAAAUGGAAAAUGAGCAUCAAUCUUCACCAAUAUUACUUACCAAUGCCAAGCUUAUUAGUUCCCGUUUGCAGUUAAGAUAUUUCUUUCAUUUUCUUUUCUUUGUUAUUGGUUUGUCCCUUGGCAUCACUGUCAGCUUGUAUUUGAAAAGCAUCUCCUUUGAUUUCCAUAUUACCUUGUUUUCUCUUCCACCGCCUCCACCACCACCUCCACAACUGUCGCCGCAUCCUCCUCCUCCUACCAAUAUGAGUAGCUUAUUCAUAUCAAAAACUAAGCCACCUAUUAGUCUUAUGCAUAAUAUGGAAGAUGAUGAGUUGUUUGGGCGAGCAUCGAUGGCUCCAAGGAUUCAAAGUGUUCCUCAAGAACUUGUCCCUAAGCCUAAGGUUGCUUUCAUGUUUUUGACGAAGGGACCUUUGCCUCUGGCUGCUUUAUGGGAAAAGUUCUUUAAAGGACAUGAAGGGCUUUACAGUAUAUAUAUUCAUCCUCACCCCUCGUUCAAUGAUACUUUUCCUGAAAGCUCUGUUUUCCAUGAAAGAAGAAUUCCAAGCAAGCCUGUGGAAUGGGGAAGAGCAUCCAUGAUUGACGCAGAGAGGAGACUUUUAGCAAACGCUCUCCUUGACAUAUCGAAUGAGAGAUUUGUACUUGUCUCAGAGACUUGCAUUCCUUUAUUCAACUUCUCAACAAUAUACAACUACCUCAUCAAUGCUAGAAACAGCUUCGUAGGUUCCUAUGACGAUCCAAGGAAGGUGGGUCGGGGCCGAUACAAUCCCAAAAUGUCUCCAAGAAUCAACAUUUCUAAUUGGCGUAAAGGGUCUCAGUGGUUUGAGGUUAAUCGCAGGCUCGCCAUUGAAAUAGUUUCAGACACCAAGUACUAUCCUGUGUUUAGACAGCAUUGUAGCCCUCCAUGUUACAUGGACGAGCAUUACAUUCCUACCCUAGUUAAUGUUGUUUGUCCUCAGGAGAACACUAACAGGAGCGUUACUUGGGUUGAUUGGUCCAAGAGUGGUCCACACCCUGGAAAAUUUGCGAAGCAAGCUAUUUCUGUUGGGUUCUUGGAUCGAAUUAGGUUUGGUAGGAAUUGUAGUUACAAUGGGAAUACUUCCUCUAUCUGCUUCCUGUUUGCUAGGAAGUUCUUGCCCAAUACUUUGCAGCUUUUGUUGCAGAUUGCUACAUUUCAAUAAUUCUUGAGCUUCUUCUACCGAUGUAUUGCAUCUCUGCUCUGUUAAAAUAGAAAGAAUCAAGAGUAAAGAUUUUCUUA